ACAUGAGAACCCAUGACAGAUCAACAUGAACUUUGACAAGGCGCAAUCUACAUGUUACGUCACUCGGGGGACACCAUCCUGUUGGCUAGUUAGAGGGCCAUCUAAGUUGGGUCUUUGAAAGCCAAGCCGCAGUCACAGAAUUAUCUUCCUCGCAGAAACCUUUGCCAUGUGUGUCCUGACGAUAGCCUCGACCAUCUUUGCUCUGUUGGCCCUUACUAGAGCAGCCCCCGUUUGCGAGGAGCUUGUCAAACCUCUCCAUGUGGAGGACCUAACACCGAUGAUGGGGAAGUGGUGGUUCCUGUCGGGCUUCAGUGAUAAUCAGUCGUUCCGAAACAUUCUGAAAGUGUCUAACAGCUCCUGGAUAACUCUGACACCCUCCGGCCAGGCAGAAUCAUUCAUCAUGAGUCACGGCAAUAAGAUCGAUGGGAAAUGUGAAUUCGCCACUUCCAAUAUCACCCUUAAAAGCGGUGUAUUGCAUGCAAAGCAAAUGGCUGAGGGGAACCUGUUGAUUUUUGAAGUGACCAUCUUGCCAUCUGGCUUGGACUACCUUACCGUGAAACACAAAAUGGUGGACCUGAACAUCACUUCACUCUACCUCUUUGGGCGUUCGGCUAAGCUGUCGGAGACAGAGCAGCAAGCGUUCCAGAGACAAGCGGAGUGCCUGGGCUACUCCAGCCCAGCCCCAUACACCUAUGACGGAGUUACGGAGCUUUGUGACCCUAAGCACAAGCUAAUGUGUGAGCCCCUUAUCAAACAUCAAGAAAUCAAGAACACAACACAGUUGAUGGGGCGGUGGGUGUUCCUGAUGGGGUUCGUAGACCAUAAGAUCUUCCAUGACUUACUGAAGAUUGCCAGUAGCGGUUGGAUGGGUUGGACACUUUCCCCCGAGACAGAUAUGAUCUCUAUAAGCCAAGGGAAUAGGCUGAAUGGACAGUGCAUGAUCACCAGCAGUAACGGCACCAUCUCGGACAGCGUUUUCCGCGGAUCUGCCAUGUAUGCAGGGCACCUGAUGACCACAGAGGGCUGGUUUUUGCCCUCGGGCACAGACAUCCUCGUUAUGUAUAGCAAAAGUCAAAGUGGGGACCAGAACAUCUGGGCACUCUACAUGUUUGGCCGGUCAAGUAAAGCAUCAGCCACAGACUUUGUAAAUGUUCAGAAACAAGCGGAGUGUUUGGGAUGGAUUGGACCAGCCCAUUAUGCAUAUGAUGGAGUCACAGAGCUUUGUGAGAAAUCGCCUGAAUCAUCUGAAGACAAGGUUGUGGACUAAUCCAAUCAACUAUUGUCAAAUUAACCUUUCAAAAUGACAAGUGUGU